CGGUUAGCCAGAAUAAACUUCAUCUGUGUGACAUGAACGCUUUGACAACAUCGACAAAAAGAGGUGCCUUUUCCAGUGUUAGCUCUGUAGCUGCAGUAGAAGUGAAGCUCUGACAGUUUUCAAGCUGCACUUCUGUCUGCUGCCCUUCUCAAUGAGGUACAGAGGAGCACGGAUCUCUCUCUGGGCUCAUGGCUCAUGCUGUCUGUCCCGCCUCUUCCUGCCUGGAUCUCUCUCUGUCAGAAUCCCUCUGGUCCGAACCUACAGUGCUCACCAUCAGCCUAGCUCCCCUCCACCCACGAACCCAGCACCUCCUAAUGGGAAGGGAGGAGCUGAGGUAGCGAAGGAGCGCGCCGUGGCUGCCUUACAGAGUGCAGGAGAGCUGGGGCGGCAGUGGGGUCAGAGGUCGGCUCAAACGGCCACUGCCACAGUCAACUACUGGUGGGAGAGGUACGAGGAGUUUGUCGGGCUUAACGAGGUCCGCACGGCUCAAACCAAGGUCACUGAGGCUGAGGCAGCGUUCAUGGUGGCCAGAGGAAUAGUGCGCGAGGCUCAUACUAGCCUGGAGGCCCUGCAGGUUAGGCUGAAGGAGGUCCGAGACCGGCUGGACAGAGUGUCCAGGGAGGAGACUCACUACCUGGAGCUGGCCACGCUGGAACACAAACUGCUGCAGGAGGAGCGUCGUCUCUGGACAGCGUAUGAGAGCGCUGAGGGUACAGAGAGGGAGAAGUUUGCCUUGUUUUCAGCAGCCGUCAGGGAGAGCCACGAAAAGGAGAGGACGAGAGCGGAACGGACCAAGAACUGGUCCGUCAUCGGCUCGGUGCUCGGAGCUCUGAUCGGAGUCAUGGGAUCGACCUACGUCAACCGUGUCCGCCUUCAGGAGCUGAAGAAUCUGCUGCUGGAGGCCCAGAAAGGUCCAGAGAGCCUGCAGGAAGCCCUCAAAGUCCAGGCUGGAAACCAUCGCUCCCAGCAGGACGAGCUCCGGAUGCUCAUCGACAGCCUCAGGGUCACUCUGACCGAUGCCUUCACAAAGAGGGGCGGCGUCCUUCAGGGCAAGGGAGGUCCAACACCAGACGCAGCCACUACGCCUCUUUCUGCCUUAAAAGACCUCCACAUUGGUACCCAAAGGACACAGUCCCUCCUGGAGUCCCUCCCGCCACAACUGGGACAGCUGGAGCAAGGACUUGGUAGAGUUGAGAGUGAGUUGUCAGUGGUGAAGAGGCUGCUGGACACCACACCACAGGCUGACACACAGGCAGGUGAGCUGCCGUUAGCAAGACCAGAGAGAGCAGAGAGAGCAGAGAGAGGGGACCAGUGGGAAUCUGAGGUGGUGCUGAGGCGUCUUGAGGACACCCAGAGGACGCUGGGAGAAAGAAUCAGGACAAACACUGUGUAUAAUGCUGUGUUUGCCUACACCGCCACCGCCAUCACCAUCUCUGCUGUCUACCUGCUGCUCAGAGGAGCUGGUUAGACACGGUACCUCCAGUUUGAAUGUUCACAUGCACUGGAACACUAAUCUCAUUUAUGUUGGAAUACAACAUUUACUUGGUUGGAAGUUUCUCUCAUAAACUGGUCACAGGUGUUGAUUUGGGCUCCUCACUGCUGCUGGUUACUGCACUGCUGAGGCGCGGAGCCACUGGGCCUUCUAAAUACUUUAUUAGUAUUUAUCCUCUUUUCCAUCACUGUAUAAUAAAUAUUUAAUUCACUUCGAUUCAUGAUGGAAAACAGAGAAAAGCAGGAAAUUGUCACAGUUGUGAAGCUAGAACCAGGGAAUGCUUGACGUUUUACUUCUUGACAAAGGAAAAAAUAUCCAAAUGUAUUUGUGUUAAUUUUCUGUCUUUAUCUCACUGAACAGUUGUUCCAGCCUUUAGUGACUAACUGCAUUUCAGAAACCCCCACACACACACACACACACACACACACACACACACACACACACACACACACACACACCCACUGGGAAUUUCUGAGUGUCAAAAUUAGUUUUUCUUCGUCAGAAUUGGGGGUUUCAGUUUCACUGGAUGAGAUCAUCAAGUAAAUGCCUAAAGGCUGAACACGGAAACAUUUUUCUUUGUUCAUUCUGUACCUGCUGCUCAGGGACACUAAAAGUUAUGGAUUCAUUUUUAGAAAAAGAAAAAUGAAAUGAAAAAACAUCAACAACCAAAUCAACACCUGUGACAGUCACUAUGUCGGGUCUCGAUAGCAUUUAGGCUUCAUUUAAUGAUUAUCUAACGAAAACGUGAUGGGGUUAAUCGAUGAGAGCAUAAUCGAUGGGUAUAUGUGCCCUGGUCGGUCCUGUGCCAAGUGUGUUUUUAACUUUGGGAACUUGAUUCAGGCUUGUAAUCAUCAGCCUUGUCAGUAGUUGGACCAGCCGAGCGUCCGAGGGACCACGUCUUCUGUUCCUGAUCCCACCUCUGGGAUUCACCUCCAGUCUGCUCCGAGUUAAAACAGCUCAACACUGGAGAUGAUGCACUGUUGUCCGACGUGUAAGGAGAAACCAGGACAUGUUCUUUUUAGAUUUGGUUGAUCGCCUUCACCAGAUAAUUAAGGUCAGAUCAGAAAAUGUCAUCUCAUGUCGCAGCACAUGAAACUGAGCUCCAGGUCAGUUGAAGUACAAAACACCUGAAGGAGCAAUGAUGAUUAAAAAUAAAAAUGAACUGUGAGUUUUUCAAAAUUAAUGUAAGAAAAUAUUUGAAUUAACAAAGGUGAAGAAAAACAUCAAUUAAUCUUUUAAAAGGUCUCCUUACUUGACUUUAAAAAAGUAAAAUUCUCAAAUGCUAACGGCAGGAGGAAAUACAGGGAAAUGUUAGUGAAGUUUGUCAGACUCUGUCCUCAGAGUCCUCGGUUCCCUUUUAAUCUCUUUAAGAUGUUUGUGUGUCUUCAUGUUGUUGACUGUGCACUGAGCUGGAUGAUGAUCACUGUGAAUUAAAUGCUCAAAUGGAAACUGUUUGUUCUGCUGAGGAUGAUUGUUCGAUGAUGGACUGACUCCUGCCUUCCUGAGUAAUACACAUUUGAUCAUGUGUAUUACUGUACAGACAUUUUGGGCUCAAAUUAAUGAUUAUUUCUAUCAUCUUUUAAUCUGCGAAAUGCUUUGCUGAUUAAUCAGUUAAUCUUUUAAUCUACAAAAUGUCAUAAAAUAG